UUUCAAAGAAGGGAACUAGAAGCAGGCUAUAACAUAUAAGGAAAUUAAGUCAGAAUAAGACAUCCACAGUGACAAGACAUCACAGAUCUGCUGCCUUUACAAGACAAAGAUGGCUAGUGAAGAACCCUUAUUUUCUGCAGGUGAAGAGCUCAGGAUCGUACUGUUUGGGAGGGCCAGAGUAAAGAAUUCUGCAAGAAACAUCAUCCUGGGGGGAACAAAGUUUGAAACCACAGAGAAGUGCAAGGUGGAAACAGCAUUUAUUGAAGGGCAGAAGGUCACAGUUGUUGAUACUCCAGUUCUGUUUCUGUCUGACACAAAUGAAGAGGAUGUGCUGAAAGAGUUUAAGAAAUCCAUCUCGCUGGCUGCUCCUGGUCCUCAUGUGUUCCUGAUUGUGCUGGAUGUGAGAGAUAAAUUCACACAGGAACUGCAGAAAAUGGUGAAACUCAUUCGCAGUACCUUUGGCAAAAACACAAUGGCUUACACUAUGGUGUUGUUCAGCUAUGAAAACAAACUGGGAAUUCCCAUUGAAGAUUAUUUUUGCACAAAUAAAGAUCUACACAAUGUAAUCAUACAGUGCCACUGGAAAUACCAUGUUUUUGACAUCACAGACAAGGCACCGAAUCCCGAUCAGGUCAAGUCACUACUGAAUAAAAUCAACGGCAUGAUUGAGAGAAGAGGAAAAGAUGGCUCCUACACCCCUGAGAUGCUCCAACAGGCUGAAAAAGAGGCUGAAAAAGAGGCUAAACAAAAGGCUUAAAAGCAUCAGAAGAACAACAGCAACAUUAGCAACAGGAAGAAAAUCCAGAAUGAAAAGUAACAAAAGCCAAGAGGGGCCGGGUUUAAACUUCUGCUGUAGCUGGAAUCUUUGCUGGGUGUUUGUUUCUCCUUGGUGGUGGUGAGAUUACAUCUAAUAGAGGAGCUGCCAGAAAUACCGUCAACAAAUACAUGUGAGACCAGUUUUGACAAAUGACAUACUGUAAGGGGGAAAUCAUGGUGGUGGAGUUUGUAUAUUUAGUUAUUUCAGUUUGUUUUCUUUUUGCCUCUUCAUUUAGCAUGUUAAUCAAAGGCCAUUUACACAGUGCCAUUUAUUAAUGGUUAAUAAUUUUGGUGGUAGUGUGCCAGGUUGUGAAAAUCCGUCUGACUGGUGUGU